AUGAAUGUCCUCGUCAACUACGCCAGCGAUUCAGACUCUGAGACCGAGCAGAAGACCCCUUCAACGAGGCGCCAUGUCCCGCAGACCAAGGACGAUGUCGACAACGACUUUGUGCUGGCCGCCCUGAAGGACAUCCAGAGCUUUGCCGCUUCUACAGAAACAUCACCCUCAAAAGAUAAUUCAGAGUCGACACAGAGGACAACUGAUGGACCAAUUGCUGCUACCGCAGGCGAUACCAGUGUUGAUGAUCUCGGAUUCUUGUCGUUCUUGAAGGAGAUUGAUGCUAUCCCAUGUCCACCAGAGGAUCAGGCACAGGCGGCGCCACCUCCUCCAUCACCGCCAUCAACUCCACCUACAGUCGAUUGUGUUGUGCCUCCACCACCACCUCCGUCAUUACCAACAAUACAAGCUGACGAUGGUGAAAGCGUUCUAGAGCUGGCUUCUCGAGAUACCAAAACCAUUUACACUCAGAUGUACCACCUAUGGCUACUGCCGUCGAUCUCGAUUGAUCAAAAGGAUCUGGAGCGCAGAUUGUUGGAAUUUGCCAUUAGGAUCAGGGACUGGGAGAAAGGAGGUCUUUAUGAACACUACUUCUUGGGCAAGGAUCGAGCAGGAACAGUGUCCAUUGCUGGAUCAAGCAGCAUUGUAGAGUUGCCACCGUACGGAGGAGUUGUUGGGUCGAUGAUCAAGCAAUUAUACGAGCUCGAACAAAUGGCUGCCCCUAGUGGUUGGACAGCCGUUUGGGAUACUGAGGACGAGGCAUACGGAUUCCAUCAUAUCCGGACGGGCGGCCCUGGGCAGUAG